AUGUGGGUUCUGCUAAUGCUUGCGCUGGCGGUAGCCGUCUCCGCCGAAUGUCCUCGGCACUGUGAGUGCAAAUGGCGGAGCGGAAAAGAAUCCGCUUUAUGCGCUCGAGCAGGUCUUAACGCUGUGCCACCUCGUCUGGAUCCCACAACUCAGUUACUAGACUUAGCUGAAAACCGCCUUACAACUCUUCGUGAUGAUGCCUUCGCAGCGGCUGGGCUACUUAAUCUUCAACGUCUCUAUCUUCCUUCUUGUAGUUUAAAAGUCAUACGCCAAUAUGCUUUUCGCGCUCUUGUAAAUCUUGUUGAGCUUGACCUUUCCCGAAAUCGUCUAGAAUCGAUUCCGUCACAUGCUUUUGAUUCUAUUCCUGAGUUACGAGAGCUCCGCCUUGGUGGCAACCCUUUAACAAAAAUCAAAGAUGAAGCAUUUUCAGCAUUACCGCACAUGGUAAGAUUAACACUCAGCUCUUGUAAAAUAUCUGUAAUAGAGCCAAGAGGAUUCAAAGGCUUAGAGGGUACCUUAGAGUAUUUGGAUCUGAGUAAAAACAAACUUCAUGUGCUUCACGUAGCAGUAUUAGCACCAUUACGAUCUUUAAAAGGGCUAGAACUUGCAAGUAAUCCAUGGAAUUGUAAUUGUGAACUUAGACCUUUACGGGAUUGGAUGAUAAGGAAAAAUGUGCCAGCAACUGUUGUACCUGAUUGUGCAUCACCUCCGAGAUUGAUGACACAGUCUUGGGAUCGACUAGAUUUAGAAGACUUUGCAUGCCUCCCGGAAGUAACGGGAUCUACAAAUAAUUUUAAAGGACUAGAAGGAGAAGAAGUAACCUUGGUUUGCAGGGUUAAUGGUGUACCAGCUCCUAGAGUACGGUGGGUGCGAGCUGGUCGACUUUUAGCAAACACUACUACUACUUCCAAUUUUAAUGCAGGAAGAACUUUUAUGUUACGAAGUGAAGGACAGACGAGUAAUUUAACUAUAAGAUCUGCAGAUAUGCAGGAUUCAGGUUUAUAUACAUGUAACGCAGAAAACAGAGCUGGAAAAGCUGAAGUAGUUUUAAGUUUAACUAUUGAAAAGAAAACCCAUAGUAAAGGUUUUGGCGGAAAGGCUCUAAUGGCAGGAAUGGCUGUAUCUGCUGUAAUUAUUCUCAGUUCAUGUUUAAUAGGUUUAUUUGCAUAUGAAACUCGUAAAAAAAGACAACUAGAUAGGUGGAAUGAACAAAUAGUUACUACAAAUAAUCACGACAGUUACGAAAAAAUUGAAGCUAAUUUAAAAACGAAUUCAGAUGUUUCGCGUGUUGUCGCGUCUGAUAUAAACAGAAAAAGAGGAGAUUAUAGAAACGUUCCUUCACAUGAUCCUGAAGAGGAGUAUGAAGGAUACGGAAGAGAGGAAGUUAGAGAUCGAAGAGAUACGUGUACUCCUUCUCUUGAGGCAAGAUGGCGACGAGCCGAUUUAGAGUCGACUUCUACAAAAGGAGAGGUUGUACAAGAUUUGCACAUACCACGUCUAAGUGAAUAUAACAUAAGGGCUGAUGCAACUCCUGAAUUGAUACAAAGUUCAAAGUCAGCUGGAAUUUUAAGUGGGCACGUGGAGAUCUUAUCAGAAAAUAACCGGUUUAAUAAUAAUGCUCGUUCAUGUAGUCGGCCUCGUACACGCGAUCGCCUUGAUAAUGAUCUCUCUGGCAGCGAUAGUGAAAAAAACUAUCCAGAUUUAAUAGAAAUGAGUGCCUUAGGCACAGCUUCAUAUUUUCGAAAUGAUGCGAAACAUGAUCCUUAUUAUUUUUAUACAAUACCUAGGAGAAAAGAUGGCGAUAGCCGUAGUCCUCUUUUAAGUAGUCGUAGAAAUAGUUCAGGUGGUGAUUCAAUUACAUUUCUUGACAGAAACUAUGAGAAAAACAGUCACAGGACAGGUGGACGUCGAUCUAAUAGUUUCUUAGAUCUCUCCGUAGGUGGUAAUCGCAUGCGUCGUAAUCCUAGUUUACCAGCUUCACCAUCUAGGGAGCAAUCAUCAGUUCCGUCCGCUACACCACUCCUGGAUUUAUCUGGUCUCCGAGAUUACUCUCGCACGGGUCAGCCGUUUGAUGAUUUUGAUUUUCGAGCUUCACAAUUAGAAAAAUUUUUAGAAGAAUAUAGAUCAUUACGGGAACAACUUUCGAGAAUGAAAGAAACAAGGGAAAAUCUACAAAAAACAAGAGCUGUUGAAAAUGAAGAUUUGAGAGCAAUUAUUAAAGGAAAACCUAGUAUAGCUGUUACAGAAACGUCGUCAUCUGUAGCGUUGGCAGACGCGGCAUCCCCACUAACUCUAAGUCCACCGGAAUAUAAGUCUCAAGGGUCAAGGCCGGAAUGGCUGACCACACUACUAUAUCGUAAC